CAAUUUCUCAAUCCUGACUCCAUAUGAUUUUAUCAAUGCCAAAAGAAGUCAAUUGUAACAUAAAAGAACUUAUUGAAAUUACUAAUUCCAUAAAAUUGGAAGCACAAUCAAAUGAAAAUUUUAUUAAAGAAGAAACAUCUCAAUAUAUUUCAACAUUUUUUAUCAAAUUAGAACAUAUUCUUGAACGAGAUUUAAAACAAAAUAAAAUUAUGUUUGGAGAUCAUUCUUCAUUUUGGAGAUUUUUAGUUGAAAGUUUAUCAAUCAAUAGAGCUUUACAAGAUGGGAUUUUUUAUGUCAUUAAAACUAACAAGCAAGCAUCUGACAUAAAUAAAACACGAUUAUUUUUGCGAUAUAUUUUGAUUAAUCACCAAUUAGCAGAUACUAUUCAGCAUUGUACAAUUGCUAAUAAGGGAUGCCUAAUGAAAUAUUAUAAUCAAGAUUGUCCACUUAUGAAAUCUUAUAAUGUGGCUUUUCUGAUAGACAGCCUAUAUUCAUUAAAUGAUAUUAAUUUUAUAUUAAGAAACAUGGAAUGUUUAGAUCAGUUUGAAACAUUAUCAAAAGAAUAUCAAUAUGGAAGCAAUAAAUUAAUAAAAUCUUCAAAUUCACUUUCAUUAUCUUCUUUCCAAUCAUCUAUUUCACCCCAUGGCUCAAAUUAUAUGCCUGAAUUGACAGAUUUUCCACCACUUCCAGAAUAUAUCAAAAACCUUUUCAGUCCAUCUAAACCAUUUUAUGAACAAAAACAUUUUGACAAAAUAUUAUUACACAAAACUUACAAAGGACAGGAGAAAACAACUAUAAUUGAGAAUGCGGAAGACGUUGUAUCAUACUGCGAUCAACCAACUCAAUAUAAAUCAAACACUUCCAACAACUCCUGUGAUUUGGAAGACCUAUUAUUCAUGAUAGAGAACUUCAUUGAAAAUUACCUAACCCAAAUACAAAAUAUCAAAAACGAUUCAAAUAUACUCGAUAGCAUGGAAGACCCUUCAAUAUUUGUUAAAUUAAAGAGACUCAUGACCAAGUUAUCACAGCUCAACAGUCAUUUAGAGUUUCCUUCUUCUAACGAUAAGAUCUCUCUGCCUAAUAUUAAACCCCAAUUUCCUGAUAAACGCAAUCAGAUACGUAAGUAUCACAGUGCUGAUUCCAUAUCUCUCAUUCGCUAUGAUGGGUCAGAACUAAAUUUUAAUGAUACAAAAAACUAUGUGAUUCGCGAAAAAAAAUAUCAAUAUAAUAGUUUAGGGAAUCCGGGUUCUAAAGAUCUGGAAAAAUCGGAAAAUAAAAAGAGAUUUCGAAUUAAGACCUCAUUGAAUGAGCAUAUUAAUCAUGCCUUGGAUCGAUUGAAAACGUUGGACGUUUUUGGGAAAGGGACCGUUAGUGACAAUAACAUUGGAGAUUUAUUGCUGAGAUAUUUAACAAUGAUUUUGCAAGCCUGCCAUUGUUUUAUAAGUGAAUCAAACGCGAACUAUAAUUUUCGAGAGGAAUGCGAUACUCUUUUGGAUAAAAUUGUCAUCCUCUUAACCUCUCAAAAGGACGCGUCCGGAAUAACUACUAAUCCACUUAAAGCAUCAACUCCGACAAACGAUAUAUUGGUAGUGGAUUCGAUUUCCCAACAACCAUACCAUCUGGAUAUUUUUGAUUCCUCUUCCAACGAGGAAGGCCGGAAGAGUUUGUUCGAUGAACUUUUAGAACUUGAUGAAAACGAAAAUAUUCUCCCUAAUAACAACAAUUCCAAUCAUUUUAACACCCUAUCCGAUAAUAAGAUUGGAAAUGAAACAACUGGUAGCAGAUCUCCUACAGAUUUCUUCUUGGACGAAAAUUCGACUUCCGAGAAAAUUGAAAGAGUUCGCGGGUUAAACCAUAACUUGGCCUUUCAAGAAAAUUUCAUGACCAAGAUGGAAGCGGAAAUAAGUGAGCUUAGGCUAUCGAGGGAUACGGAUGAUGAACAGUUUCUUUACGAAUUAAAAAACUUGACCGAACACUUAACCGAUACUGCCUCGGAAUGCUAUGAGCUCAAAAGCAAAAAUGCCGAAUUAAUUAAGAUGUUGUUAGAAAGCGACAAGAAUAACGAAAUUAUCAAAGCAAAAUGUAACGAAUUGGAGGCCAAAAAUUAUUCGAUCAAAAGAAGUUUGACUAAAGAAGCUAAAUCGCUUGAGAAGGAUAACAGAGAUCUAAAACGAACACUUUUGAAAUUUAUAAAAGAAAAGGAUGCCUUAUGGAGACUAGCCCGAGAUCUCGAAAACAAUAAUAAUAACAAACCUGGUAAUGAUACAUUACACUUAGACGAAAACAAACCCUUUAAAAAUAACUCGAAUAAUCAUAGCGCCAAAACAUCGAAUUCUCUCUAUGACCUUUCCUCUUACUAUUUGUCCAAUUACAUAUCUCCCACGAAAAUGUAUUCUUCCUUAACCAAUAACAGUGCUCGACAAAAUACGAUAAUCGUUGAUGAAAAUCAAAUGAGCAACAGUAAAGAACAAACAUCAUGCGCCAAUUGUGGUAAAGAUUUCGGUUUCAUCAUGAAGAGACCCCAUAAAUGCCACAAAUGUCAAUCUACAUUUUGUCAUUAUUGCGUUAAUAAUUGGGUCCCCUACUCGGACAACUCACGACCAGAUACUCUAAUAAGACUGUGUGAUAAUUGUUAUUCGGCCAACUUCAUUCAGGGUUUAUCCACCGCGAAUAGUUCUUUAACAAAUUCUAUUCAUAAUAAAACCAACAAAGAGAAUACAAAAGGUUUAAAAACUUCUAAAAGUUCUGUUCGUAGUAUAAGUAGUAGUGAAGAUACAAACAUAUCCUCUUGUAUAACCAACGCAUCCUCCCUCAACUGUCUCAUUAACGGUAUGUCUACGUGCGACGAAAAUAUGAGGUGCCCUAAAAAGGGUUUUGAUAAAAAUCUUGUUCGAAAAACAGAAAACAGUGACAAGAUUAAAAUCGAUGAAAAUGGGGUAAACGAAGACGAUAGCGAUUCUGAACAUUUAUUUAAUCAUAACAAGGCACCGAGAUAUUUUUGGAUUAAUGAGCCCGCGCCAUAUUUGUCUAAUUAAAUUAAUUGGGAAGAAUUUGAUCGAUUUUGGAAUUUGAACACCACUCUUCAAUAUGUGAUCAUUCGUGUGCUGCAGCUGCAAUCUUUAUAGUUUGAAAGAUUUUAUGAGAAUUGGGAAAUUAAUCAAAAUAAGGGUUUUUUAAAAUAAAAUAAAUGGAUAUUAUAUUUAUCCGAUCACAUUUUUAAUCCGCUUAAGCUUUAACGUUUAUUUAUAU